CGAGUUUAUAUUAGUAGUGGACUUUUAUUUUGAAGUUAGCAAGCAAAGACCACCACAACUGUGAAGUUGCACGGUAGGCUAAAACAAGGAACUCUAAAACAAUUCACUCUAAAAAACGAGCAAGUAGUAAAUAACUUGGCUUUAUACGCGAAAUAAGUUAGGAAACAAUAGGAGAUAAUAUAACAAUCUUAAUUAAGACUUGGUGGUCCUUUUGGUCUUGGUUUUAGCUCAGUCAACGACCAUGGAUUAGCUAACUAGCGAGCUACUUUGGUUUUUUAAUGCUUCAGUUAGGGUUAGGCACGUCAUCUAGCUGAUUAAACGUGCAUAAGUCAAGAGUUUUGUCCUUCUCACGGGAAAAGAAAAAGUGUGACCUUACUAUGGACAAUAGCUCCAUUUAUGUCCGAGAAAGAGGCAACCUUCGUCGUGUCAGUGACAUAGUCCUGGCACAGCCAAAGCCAGUGUCAUCAUGCAGAAGGACGAAUCCCUUUGUGUUGAGAAAAGAGCACUUCAUAUUCACCUACAAUGCAGAGGGAAGUCUGAGAUACACCACAAAAUCUCUCUUUGACAUCACUCUGUUAUUCGUAGCUGACAACAUUAACCAUGUGGACUCUCUGGUGGGCUUCCCUGAGCAAAUAGGAGACAGACUUUUUGCAGCAGCAGAGGAGAAUCGUGUAUUUUUAAACGAAGACAUUUCUUCAAAAGCCCUGCAGUUAUUCAAUGAUGCAUAUGGGGAGAUGGUGCUUGGAUCCCUCUGUCUGAGAAAUAGAUUUCCACUCUUGCAUGAGAGGAUGGAUGAAAUAAAAACAUUUCAUAGUUUGAAGUCUCUGGAUCUGUUUGGCUGCAGACUGGGUGAUGAUCAUGAGAUAUUCCAGCAUCUAACAUCCAGCUCAUUGGCAAGCAGCCUCGUUCAGCUUUUCAUUGGUGGGAACAGUCUGUCAGAUGUCGGCCUCCAAAGAUUUACUACACCUAUCCGGAUGCUGAGGAAGGGACUGGACUGUCUUCAGUUACUUGAUGUUUCCUAUAACCCUAUCUCAGCGAGGGCUCUUAGAUACCUCACAUGCUUCCCCAAACUUGAAAAUCUGGAUGUAUCUGGGACUAGUUUGAAGCUUGGCACAGGAUUGAAGACAACCAUAUGGGACCUGUUGGGGCUCAUUUACUCUGAGAAUCCACUGGACUGCUUUGAUCACUCAAGAUGUAAAACAGAAGGUUGGGCAGAGCAGGUUGUAAACCAGUGGGAAACAAAUAGCUCACAAAUGCCAAAACAGAAGAAAAUCGACGAAUCCAGAACAUCAGCGCUUCGCUUUUUUGGCAGGCAGAAGUUUGUCAGAGAAGUACUGAAUGCAGCACCUUUGGUAUGCAAGAGCGAGGAAGAGGCCAAGAGAGAGAGACUGCAUUUCUUCAGACCUGCAGCAAACAACCACAAACCGGAGAAAGAGACUCCUUCCACAACAAACGAACAAGCCAAGCCUUCCUGGCACAAUAUCAAAAAAAGGCAGCGUCAGUCAGAAAGGUGUGAGAGUUCACAUCAAAGUCCUCCCACAAAACGUUUGUCCCCAGCAGCUCUUACCGCAGAGGACGUUGACUUGUUGAACAACUAUUAAAGUUUACGUCCAUGUAGCAUUCCACAAGGAGCAGCUGGGAUACGUCGGUUAACUUGUAACAUUUAGGCUCAAAUGACAAGAAUCGUUUCUAAGACGUUUCCAAACUGUAAACACUUUUGCUUGGAUACAGGUGGUGUUGUUUAUAUAUUUUUUAUAAAUAAAGUUUAGUAUUUUGUAUGUGUCCA